CACUGUUUAUCCACCUUGGCUGGGGCUCCAAGCCCCUCUGUGUGCAGCAGCGGCAGAGCCAGGCCUGAGUUUCUGCGGUCUCUGUCAUCGUGCUGCUGGUCUCAGCCCCUCUGUGCCCUGCUGCCCAGUGCUCUGUUCCUGGAGGAAGCCAGUCAGCCAAGGCCACUGACCCACCGCUGGAGCCAUGGUAGGACCACAUGGCAUGGCCGGUCAGCCCAGCUGGUCUGCGUCCAGGCUGCGCCCAUGAACCUGGCCUAGGAGGGCAAGGUCCAUGGGCACAAAGGGGUCAAGUUCCAAAACUGGGCAAAGACCUAUGGCUGCUGCCCUGAGAUGUACUAUCAGCCCACAUCCGUGGAGGAGAUCAGAGAGGUGCUGGCGCUGGCCAGGCAGCAGAACAAGCGGGUGAAGGUGGUGGGCGGUGGCCACUCGCCCUCAGACAUCGCCUGCACCGACGGCUUCAUGAUCCACAUGGGCAAGAUGAACCGCGUCCUCAAGGUGGACAUGGAGAAGAAGCAGGUGACGGUGGAGGCCGGCAUCCUCCUGGCUGACCUGCACCCACAGCUGGACAAACACGGCCUGGCCUUGUCCAACCUGGGAGCUGUGUCUGAUGUGACUGCAGGUGGCGUCAUUGGGUCCGGGACGCACAACACAGGGAUCAAGCACGGCAUCCUGGCCACGCAGGUGGUGGAGCUGACCCUGCUGACGCCCGAUGGGACCGUGCUUGUGUGCUCCGAGUCUAGCAACGCAGAGGUGUUCCAGGCGGCACGGGUACACCUGGGCUGCCUUGGGGUCAUCCUCACUGUAACCCUGCAGUGUGUGCCCCAGUUCCACUUGCAGGAGACGACCUUCCCCUCAACCUUGAAAGAGGUUCUGGACAACCUGGACAGCCACCUGAAGAAAUCCGAAUACUUCCGCUUCCUCUGGUUCCCACACAGCGAGAACGUCAGCGUCAUCUACCAGGACCACACCAACAAGCCUCCCUCCUCUUCAGCCAACUGGUUUUGGGACUACGCCAUUGGAUUCUAUUUACUGGAGUUCCUGCUCUGGAUCAGCACCUUCGUGCCAGGCCUCGUGGGCUGGAUCAAUCGCUUUUUCUUCUGGCUUCUGUUCAAUGGGAAGAAGGAAAACUGCAACCUCAGCCACAAGAUCUUCACCUACGAGUGCCGCUUCAAGCAGCAUGUCCAGGACUGGGCCAUCCCCAGAGAGAAGACCAAGGAGGCCCUCCUGGAGCUGAAGGCCAUGCUGGAGGCCCACCCCAAGGUGGUGGCCCACUACCCCGUGGAGGUGCGCUUCACUCGGGCGGACGACAUCCUGCUGAGCCCCUGCUUCCAGAGGGACAGCUGCUACAUGAACAUCAUCAUGUACAGGCCCUACGGCAAGGACGUGCCUCGGCUGGACUACUGGCUGGCCUAUGAGACCAUCAUGAAGAAGGUGGGGGGCAGGCCCCACUGGGCCAAGGCCCACAACUGUACCCGGAAGGACUUUGAGAAAAUGUAUCCUGCCUUUCGGAAGUUCUGUGCCAUCCGAGAAAAGCUGGACCCCACAGGGAUGUUCCUUAACGCCUAUCUGGAGAAGGUGUUCUACUGAGGCAGAAAUAGAAAACAAGUCGAGCCCACCCUGUCCCAUUCCCCGGGCCCACCUUCCCCGAGGCUGAAGGCUCCAACCCUCACACCAACAUACCAUGGUUCUAUUUCUCUGAAGGGCCCUGACUGAUAUGUAAGGAAAGAGAUGAAUUGGUGAAGUAAAUACAGAGAAGAGCGUGCAGGCUAAACCCUGAGGCUUGAGAAAUGGCCAAGUCCAGAUCGCUCCCAUGUUCUGCAGAUGAGGAAACUGAGGCUCAGAGAGGUGAUGAUACUUGUCCAACAUCACAGAGCCAACUAAGAAAGGCAGUGCCCUUAAAUGUUUCAACCAAAGUAGGUCUUGAAGCCGUAUAUUUUCCAUAACUUGAAUUUAAAAUCUAUUCUAUUUUGAAAUCUAUGAAUUUUGCCUUCGAUUCCCUGAUGUCACUGUGUUUUAAAGUUUUGAGUAGUGCUUUGUUUUCCAAAUCUUUAAACGUCAUUUCUGCUCGAGGAA